AUGGGGAAGUCAGAUUUCCUCAGCCCCAAGGCCAUCGCCAACCGCAUCAAGUCCAAGGGACUGCAGAAGCUGCGCUGGUACUGCCAGAUGUGCCAGAAGCAGUGCCGCGAUGAGAAUGGCUUCAAAUGUCAUUGUAUGUCUGAGUCCCACCAGAGGCAAUUGCUGCUGGCUUCUGAAAACCCUCAGCAGUUCAUGGAUUAUUUUUCUGAGGAAUUCCGAAAUGAUUUCCUAGAACUGCUCAGGAGGCGAUUUGGAACCAAGAGAGUGCACAAUAAUAUCGUGUACAACGAGUAUAUCAGUCAUCGUGAACACAUCCACAUGAAUGCUACACAGUGGGAGACACUGACUGAUUUCACUAAAUGGCUGGGGAGAGAAGGUCUUUGCAAGGUUGAUGAGACUCCCAAGGGCUGGUACAUUCAGUAUAUUGAUAGAGACCCAGAGACUAUCCGCAGGCAACAAGAACAAGAGAGGAAGAAGAAACAAGAUCUUGAUGAUGAAGAAAAGACUGCUAAAUUCAUUGAACAGCAAGUUAGAAGAGGCUUGGAGGGAAAAGAACUGGAACAGCCAGUCUAUACUGAACUGAACAGAGAAAAUGAAGAAGAAAAAGUUGCAUUUAAUUUAAACAAAGGAGCAAGUACUUCAAUAGCAGCAUCUUCCAAAACAAGCAGUGUCCUUGGACCAAAUGCAUUGAAGAUGGUGGAAGGGGCAGUUAAAAGAAAAGAAUCAGCUCAUAGCUCUGGUCAGUCCAAAGAGAAAAAGAAGAAAUCUGCACUGGAUGAGAUUAUGGAGCUUGAAGAGGAGAAGAAAAGAACAUCUCGAAGAGACUACUGGUUGCAGCCUGAAAUUGUUGUAAAAAUUGUGACAAAAAAGCUUGGGGACAAGUAUCACAAGAAGAAAGGAGUUGUUAAGGAAGUGAUUGACAAAUACACAGCGGUGGUGAAGAUGAUUGAUUCUGGAGACAAACUGAAGCUUGAUCAGACGCACCUGGAAACUGUAAUACCUGCUCCAGGCAAGAAAGUGAUGGUAUUAAAUGGUGGUUACCGGGGGAAUGAAGGCAUCUUGGAAUCUAUCAAUGAGAAGAAGUUUUCAGCGACAAUAACCAUUGACUCUGGGCCUUUAAAAGGACGCCGAGUUGAAGAUAUCCAGUAUGAAGACAUUUCCAAACUUGCCUGA